UUAGUAAGAGAAGGGGAUAUUUGUAUAUGCCCACGAAGGUGAUGUCGAUCAGAUAUAAAUAAAAUUUCUAGAAAGCAGAUAUGGAAGUAUUUUUAGAAUUUUGCGUUUAAAAGCAGUGUUUAUUAGUUGAGUGAACUAUUUGUUAUUAGUAGUAUAGGCUCACGUGAGAAGUUGCGUAGAAAAAUAACGAAGACAAAGAGAAAGUCCCUCACAUAUGUGAAGUGUAGUUGAUUGUUCUUUGUUUUUGUUCUACUUAUUAUCAUCGUCCAUUUUGUGAAAGCGAGCAAAAUUUGCGUCGUACUGAUAGUUUUUAAACGCAAAAUUCUUCUUAAUAAUCUGUGAUAAAGCAGAUACAAAGUGAAUAUAGUGUGUUGAUAAUCGAUUAAUUUAACAAAGACAAAGGACUUUGUGGUGAAAUUAAUUUUGCUCAAUAUGGCAAUGGCUAUGAAACACUCAGAGGGUGGAAGAAUAGUUGGUAUAAAUUCACGUGCUCUUAAACAUCCCUCCAAAGCUCAUUAUCAUCAGGGCACUUACCCCAAGAAUUCUUCAAAACGAGGAGAAUCUUCCUUUCAAAUGCUGAACUCUACAAGGGGACACUCACCUAAUGGAUCUGGUUCUCGUACACCGCCCAGUUUGGUGGCAGGCCACUAUGCUGGCUGCAAGUUUUCAGAGCCCCCUUUGCCUUCGGCUCUACCACUGCCUCCGAAACAUUGGACGCAGGCAUUCCGACCGACGAGGUUGAAUUUCCACUCGCAUUUAGCGAUUCCUGCAUCUUCCGAUCACAGGGACGUAACACAGCAACUUAAAAUGUUGCUAAAGGUUCAAGCCUGACCCACUGAGCAAAAAUCCUUAAUCGCAACAGCAAAAAAUAAUAGACGAUCUUUGUAUUUACUGUUGCGAUAAGAGAAAAGAAA